AUGUCGGCCCUAGACGUCCCCGAGGCCGGGUUGUCUCUCUGCAGACCUGUCCCCGGUACCGACGCCACAACCAGACCAACGAAUGUUAUGCGGUUAAAUCUGGCUCAUAACACCGUCGAUGAGCUGAUACAGUCGCUGCGCGAGAAUAAAUCGGCUCGAAUACGCUUCGGGAAACACCAGACCCUCUACUACGGCUCCAAAUCCCAGCAUUUCCAUUCCGCCCCCGAGGCUCACCGAUCCGAGAUCUACACCUGUGGAUCCACCUCCGACAAAGAGAACGCAUAUUUUACUGGUGUUUUGAGUCAUAGGUUGGAGGUCCAGAAGGCCCGGGAGGCCACUGCGGCCACCGAUCAGGCAUUGGCCAACCUCGAGUUGAGCUUGAAUGCCUAUGAACAAGGAAAAGAGUCCAAGAAGACGCACAUGAUUGAUGACAUCAAUCAAGUCAAGUCUCUCCGGGGGAAACCUUCUGGUCUUUUAUGCACUCCUGCCAGCAAGGUCGAGCGGGAAAAGGACCGCCUCCUCAAAACAUCAUCCGCCAAUCGUUCUCUUUCUGCUAGUCCUGGCCUGGGCGUCUCCCGUUCCCCGGCCUCCAUCCCUGCCCUCACACCUACUUCCGCCCCCGUGACUCAGAAUAAAGAUCGAAUUCGCCUCGAUGCCCUCAAGGUACCCUUCAUUCACCUCCUCGCCGUCCGCGCCGUCUCCGUCAAGUUCCUCACCCGCGUAACCCGCGCCUCCCUCGAUGACUGCACGGCCUUGACCCAGAAGUACGGUAUUGAGAACCGACUCAAUCGGGACAAAUUCGACCUCAAAGACAAAGCCUACAAGGAUCUUGAUGUGUGGAAUUUCCCCUACCCGUCUCAGGAAGACCGGCAGGAGGCCAUUGAGAAUGCCAUCUCCGCCUUCGAUCGGAUGCGCAUCUCUCGCACCGACAAACAAUGGCAGAUGUUGCUCCCCAAGGAAGAACGAGGCAAAGGCAAGUGUCUGUCACGACUGAACUUGUCGACGGGGCCUAUCAAGAAGCCUGCCACGUCCCGUGUCCAAGCACAGAACGCAGACGACAAGGAUGGUGACACGACGGGUCAUGAGACUGACAGGGCCAGUACUAGCGGCGCGAAGACUGCAACUACACAGAAAAAACGGACAGGCGAGAAGGACUCCGCAGCUGCCAAGAAGGCUCCCGCCAAAGGCAAGACUACUACAAACAGCACGUUGACCGGCCGUGUCACCAAGAAGGCUGAGCGUAAGCCUGCCGCGAAACCAGACGCCAAGGUCAAAUCGGCAGAAUACGUCCACGAAUCAGAUGAGGACGAAGACACAGAAAUGCCAGAUGUCCCAGCGACCACCGACAAGACGCGGGAGAAGGCGGAUACCACGGAGAAGCCACAACCGAAGCCCGCUGCCAAACGAGACGUAUCUCAUGCUCCGGAAAUCAAACAUCCGGCGCCUUCUAAAGUCGACAAGUCGGAGCGUCCCCCACCUAAGCCUGAUACCACAACAAGCUCUCACCAGCCUCCUGCUAAACCGACUACCGCAUUGAAGAAACCGCCGUCGUCUCGGACAUCCAACUCGCCCCGGAAGCCGUCACCGCUUGGCUCAUCGCCUCCGACCAACGCAUCCGAGAUUCGUACCCAUAGUCGUGCUUCCAGUCAAAAUCAUCCACCUUCCGGCACCUCCUCCUCUUCUUCCUCGCCUCUGAUUUCGCAGAUCUCGCGACCGAAACAACAACAACAGCAACAACAACCCAAGGCUACCGCCACCAGCGCCCCCAAAGCCGCCCAGACUAAUGGUGCUGUCAAGUCGACGCCGGUGACAAAUCCGUUGAAGCGCAAGGCGGAGCCGGAACGGCCUUCAAUUCGUCAAUCCCACACCAUGACAAAUGGGAGCUUGGAGCAUAAACGCCGGCGAGCCCCAAGCACUUCCAGCGGCAGUACAGGUAGCGCCUCGCCGCCCAUGAGCUAUGAGCUGCUUCGCCGACAGCUGCGGGAGAAGUCGCAAAGAUUCAAGCAACGUUAUGCCAAAUACCGUACCUUGUAUGAGGCGAUGGCAAGACAUCCAGACCCUCCGCGGGCGGACCUGGAUAAUUUACAACGACAGCACGCAGCUCUUCAACGAACCAAGAAAGAAAUUUGGGACGAGGAUCGACGGCUCCGGGAAGAGCUACGAAGAUAA